AUGAUCCCGAGAGCUCACUUGUUUCUCUUCCUCGCGGCCGCAUUUCUAGUCCUUCUCGGCCUCCACAGUCAAUACGAGUCUCUUAUCCGAAUCGCCAAGGGUAAGCAGGGCCCAGAGCAGGACACAACACCCGACGCUCUCAGCCAUCCGAGCCCGGGCGCUCCCCGGAAGAACGCGCAACAGAAGCCUCAUGGCUCGACCGGCAAGCCAUCGUCAUACUGCAAGUGGGUGUUCGACCAGUACGAAUCGAGUGAUUACGAGGAGGCAUGGUUCCAGGAGGUGCCCGGCGUCCAGUCAACCACCCCCGAGGGGCCCAACAUCUGCCAAGCCAUGCAGAGCCAGAAACACGUCGAAGCAGCCACGGCCAUCGUCGGACGAGCUAUCAAUCUGACCGCCAUCGACCCCAAGGUGCAGUGGGACCAGCUUGACGAGGCGUCCAUCGCCAUCGCCUCUCUCGAUCCCGCAGACGAGUACAUGAGCCGCAUGCACUACCGACGUGUCUGCUACGACGAGAAGACGCAGAGCUUCCAGCCGGCGACCGGUCGCGGGAUCCAACUCAUCGAGCCCUUGUUCGGCAUGCUGCGUGACCCCUUUGACGGCUACUGCGGCAAGGACAAGCUCGUUAUGCAGGGCUACCCCGACGAGCACCCUGGCCAGUCCAAGCACCACAUCCUCCCACAAGGCUACUCGCCAUUCGCGUACACGACCAGGGACGAGGAGCCCAAGUCCUGGCAGACACACGGCGUCCCGCCCUGGUACUCCUCGCUGCGGCCGGAGCAUGACGAGCAGGUCGGCACGGUAUGGUCAACGCCCCAGAAUGUGCACCUGGACCUUGGGUCCUCGUACUUUGGGGGGUGGACGGCGAGUCCCAUGGCCGCGUCAGGCCAGUGGUUCUACGACAAGUACCACGUGCGCGGGCAGAAGUUCACCCGCUUCAUCGCCGUCGAGGUGGAAACCCUGAACGACACCGUGGCUUUCGAGCAGAUCCCCGCAGACCUGGUCGGCAUCUACACGCUGAUGAAUCUCGGCCUCACCAUGGGCGAGGACAAGCUCAACGCCAUCGAGAUGAUCAAGCGGCUCGUCAAGCCCGAAGACUUUUUUGUGUUCAAGCUCGACAUCGACUCGGCGCCCAUCGAGGAGCCCAUCGUGCAGAGCCUCCUGGCGGACGAUGCCGACCACGGCGGGGCGAGCGCGCUGGUCGACGAGCUGAUGUUUGAGCACCAUGUCAAUUUCUGGCCGAUGAACAGCCCGUGGGGGCUGGCGCCGACGUCCAAGAAGGACGGCGACUUGCUGACGAGCUACAAUCUGUUUAGGGAUCUGAGGAAGAAGGGCAUCAGGACACAUUCGUGGCCUUGA